UUGAUUAUGAUUGCUAGCCAAAAAAUAAUUUUAUUAUAUGUUAUACUUGAUACCUUACUGGCAAUCAAUUGUUUUUAAUUAUUUUUCAUUGUAAUUUUUCUUAGGCUUACUCUUAAAGCAUGUAUGCUCUAAGGGCUUACUUCAGCUCAUACAGUUCGAGUGGCCGCCGUUUGAGAUCUUAAUUUAAUACUUAUAAAACUUACUAAGUAGAUCGUUUGACAUUUUCUUCGCUUGAUUCAUUUUGUAUUUAUGUUUUAUGCUCUAUAGUAUAUUAUUCCUAUAUCUAUAAUCUAUUGCAAGAGAGUGCAGUGGAACUUUCAGUAAUAACUGUUUAGUUUUAGGGUGAUUCAGAAGAACGACUUAAUUGUCAUGCCCCAUCAUGUCCUUGGACAGAGUUACCACAACAUUUUGGCACACUGCUCGAGCAAACGCAGCCUUUUCCGGGAACAAGAGAAGUCCUGUGAGGAAGCUAAUAAUGUCUCAGAUAUCAAAGAUGUGGAUUCAGACCUAGGUCCCAUGUCACCACUGGUCCUGACAGACCAAAGCAGUUGUGACAGCUCUCCCGGUCGACACUUUGUGUCCCCUCUGCCAACACCUGAAAAGUUGCCACUUAUUCCACUAACUAAUUGGAGCCGUGAACUAACGCGUAACCGUUGCCCUGUUAUCUCUGUAAGUGACGACAUGAACGAUGAUGAUGUAGUCCCAGAGACGCCCUGUAAGAUUACCAAGGAGCAUCAACAGUUACAAACGCAGUUUCAAGCAAUCCGUGAAAAUCGAAUGAUCACACCUAUUGGCUCGCAGUGCAACAAUGCAGCUGUUCCAAAGUUGCACAGGAGGAAGUCGGUUGGAAUGACGGGUAAUCAACCAUUAGAUGAGUGUACAUCGCCUGAAAUCAAGAAAUGCAGCUUUAAGAGGUGCUUGCUGGAUGAUUCAGUCCGAUUUUCAAGCUCCAAGACGGAGAAAAGCGAUAAGGUGUUAAUGGCGGUGCCUAGGGCCAGGGCUGCCCUGUUUCGAGAUUCGAAGCUUAAGGUGGAAGGCAUAAGGAAUAAUAAAGCCGAAGGACCCGCCUUCACCCUGACUGCAAAGUCAUUUUAUAAAUCUAACAAUGAGACAUUGCGAAAGUAUGACUUCUUGGGUUGGAGAGAGCCUGUGCAGCAACAGGGAAAAAAAAUUAAUAAACGGAAAAUAUCGCCCACAUCUCAUUUGUCUUAUCGAAAGUCUGCAAAAAAGCACAAGGGAGGGGAAAUAAAUUGUGGUGUGUGGCAUGCUGUUAAAAAGCCAAAAUUUAAGCGACAGACACUUCAAAACAAAUUAACACAGCUUAAUGAGAAACAGACGAAAACUGAUCAAGUCGUUAAAAGCAAAGUCCACAAAGAGAACUUGUUUCUAAAAACUAAUGUAUACAAUACUAAACCAUCAAUUAAAGACGUGAAUAAUAAAAAAAAGCUCAAUCAAUUCACUCUUGCACAAAAUGCUAUUUCAAUCAAGGACAAAGAUUCUGAUCAUUUGUACAACGAAAGAAAGUUGGAGAGAAUUUUAUUUGACACCACUGAUUUGACGGUUGAUGAUCCCAACAUUGAAGAGUCACUUAAACAAAGCAAAGUCAACAAUAUUCUAAAAGUAUUGGAAGAUGACUGGACUGAUAAUGUGUAUAAUGAUGCCAGCGAAUCUGUUUAUAAUCUUAGCCCUAGGACUUCAUAUCAGGAUAAAUCAAACACUAUUGCAGGAAAUACAUGUAUGUCUCCUGGCAGUGAACUCAGCAAUAUGACUUCCAGUAUGAACAUUGAAGAUCUCCCAGCCUCAGUAGAAAACCAAAAUAAUAAUGAAAUGGAAAAAAAAAUUUCUAGCACUACAGCAAAAAUGACGGUUACGGAUUUGUACCCAUUAUUUUCGAAAAAAAUUUUAUCAGAAGCUUAUACAGUUCAAAACGUUUCAAGAAAACGCAAGAGAAAUACGUUUUCUUGGCUACUGUCUUCAAAACAAAACUGUACAGAUAAUCAAUACCAAAUCGAUGCUGGUCAAAAAAAUUUUGGUGCCACUCAAUGUAAAGAAUGUGGAAUAGUUUAUUAUGUUGGUGAUCUUAAUGAUGAGAAUGCCCAUUUGAAUUAUCACAAUAGUUAUAAAACCUUGAAAUUUCAGGGUUGGAAAAAUGAACGUGUGGUUUAUGCUGAUACCUACAGUUCCAGUCGAAUAGUCUUAGUGGAAUCCAAAGAUUCUAAUUCAUAUUGGAAAAAAGUUAAUGAAAUAUUAGAAAUUGUUGAUCAAGAUUUAGGACUUCCCGACACAAAACUUUCUUGUUACAGAGACAAACGGGUGUAUAUGUACAUUAGAGACAAAACUAUAUUAGGAAUUUUAGUAGCAGAGUCUGCAGAAAAAGCGUUUCGUAUGAUACCUGAAUUAAGUGAGUUGAAUUGUUGUACAUCUGAAACUUGCGCUGUAAAGUGUGGCAUAAAUGUUGUUUGGACAGCGCUGAGCCAUCGUAGACAAGGCAUAGCCACAAAACUUGUUGAUACCCUAAGAGCUACAUUCUACUAUGGUUACAUGAUGUCUCUAGAAGACUUUGCUUUCUCUGCACCAACACCAAGUGGAAAGAAAUUUGCUGAAAACUAUACAAAAACAUCUCAAUUUAAGAGACUUGGAAUACAAGGAUCAGCUCUAUACGAAAAUGUUGCAGACAAGGUUGACUACACUAACUUUUUUGAAGGGUUCCAAAUGGAAGACACAUUAUUUUCAUGGUUUCUUAUAACAGAGCUACAUGUUUGGUUGUUGAUGUUGCAAGUUAUGCAAAACAGUGAAGAUGGACUUAAACUUCGGAAUUAUAUAGUUCAAGCAAUGUGGGAUGAUUUCAAUAUUCGGGCAAAAAAAUUGGGGCAUAUUAACACAACAGUACUAAGGUCUAAUACAGAGGUAUUGUCAGAACAGUUUAAUGCUUCUAUAAUGGCAUAUGAUGAAGCAAUACAAUUCAAUGAUGUUUAUCUUGCUGGUCAUGUUUGGAGAAGAUUGCUUCAAUGCAAAAAAAAUCCUCCAGAAAAUUUAGAACGACUCAUUCAUUACAUUAGAAAACAGUUGGCCAUGUUAAACGGAAUACCCAAAGCAGAUAUUUUUUCGUCAUACCCUGACAUUACAUGGACUCAAUUGUAACAAAAAAGUUUUAAUAGUAUUUCUGUUGUAUGUUAAUGUAUGCAUACAUAAUUUGACUUACAUUAACGUAUAUAUGUAUUAAUUUAUUUUAAGUUAAUUUCGCACGAACCUAUUGAUAAACUUGAUAACGAUUAAUUGUUAAAUUGUAUAUGUUUAUUUUCCAUCGUC